UCUAUUCUGGUCAGACGAGACGAGACGAGAAUCGGAGAUGAAUCCCCAAACCGAUAAGGUGGUGAGAAGGACGACGAUGGUGGCGACUGUUGUUGCUUCCUACUUCCUCUUAACAGGCGAUUACGGUCCCGAGCCAAACGUUCUUGAUCCCAUCAAAAGGAUAAUAUUAUCAGCACAAGAUUCUGUCAAGCAAUUCAUCUUUGGACCAAAGAAAGAACCAUCUGGGAAAGAACAAUCUGACAAUGCUAAAUGAAUAUGUAGUUAGUUAUAACUGUCAAUCUACUUUUUGUAAUCAACGAAAGUGUAAUAACCCUUAUCUUUUUUUUUUUCUUUCUAGUAACAAGUUUAAAUCUCCUC